AUGCGAGAGCGGUUCUACCUGGCACAUGUUCGAGCUGCUAUGUAUGAGGAGUUUCUGCAUCUCCAGCAGGGCUCAUCUUCGGUGGUUGAGUACCACAAGAGGUUUCUGGAGCUCGCUCGCUUCGCCAGGAUGCUUGUCCCCAUCGAGCUCGCAAAAGUUGAAAAGUUCGUAGCUGGUCUGAACUACGAGGCUCGCAAGGCUUUAACCGUGAGCAAGCCGAGGUCUUUGAAGGAAGCUUACCUGAGUGCUGCGGACUUGUAUCGGGUGCAGCAGUUGCAACGUGGGUCUUUUGAGCUUGCUAGGAAGAGGAACGAGAGUGGAGGAUCUUCCAACUUCAAGAGACCAAGGCAGAAUUUCCAAGCCAAGAACGCACCCUCCCCAGCUCAAGGACCAACUCGAACGGAGCCCGGAAGCCAUGCCAAGACGUUUGCGUGUCGAAGGUGUGGAAAGGAGCAUGCUGGAAAGGAUUGCAAUGGUCAUGUAUUCCGAUGUUUCCAAUGCAGGGAGAGAGGGCAUAAGGUUGCCGAGUGUCCUCAGCAAGCCAAUCAAAGGGCGUUGCCACCAUCUUCGGGAUCUGGAGGAGCAUCGGGAGGGAGCUCGAGUCGAGGAGCAGCCGGAGCUAGACCUUCGGGUCGGAUUUUCAUGAUGGGGCAAUCUCAGGCAGAGAUGGAGGGACUGGUUGAGGACGAGACGGCAGGUAAAGCCUUUGACUCGGAAUCUUUUUCUAGUUCUUUGUUGGAUUUGUUGAGAUACCAAGGUUUGUUAGAUGGGUUUCUCGCCAUAAGGGCCGAGACAUACCCGAGCUUGGUUAAGGAGUUUUACCGUCACAUGGUUGUGACAAAUGAGGGUGGAAAGUUAGAAGUCACCUCUAAAGUGAGGGGUGUGAAGGUUGUUUUAUCCGAAAAGAGGCUGGCUCAGCUCUUAAUUCUAACUGCUACGGGAGUUUCACAGUACAGUGGUAACUCUUGGAUUAGUACGGAUACCAUGGGGUACCGGGAUUAUUUGAGCUAUCUUUUGGGUCGGAUUAGUGGUUUCACUCAAGCCUCGAGACCGGAGAAGAAAUUGUUGUCUGCCGAGCAGAGAAUCUUGGUUAUGCUGGUAUCGGAUUGUUUGUUGCCCAAUAACAACAAAAGUCGGUUGUUGGGAAAGCUAGAGUGUACCUUUGCCUUCUUUUUGAAAAACAUGGUGAAGUUUAAUUUGCCUGCCUUGAUGUUACAACACAUGGUCUUUUGCCAAGACCACAACCGGAAGAGUCUACCGUACGGGAUGAUUUUGAGUUAG